GCAGACAGUCGCCUUUAGUUUAUCUCCACGAAUCAUUUCCCCCCUCGGUGCCGAUCCCCCGGACCACACGGUCCCCUCCUGGAUCACCCAGACCUCUCGGAGAACCCAGGGAACAGGGGGGAGAGAGAUGCGCUGACGUUUCACUUUCUCCGCCUCCGAGGAGGACCCGUAUCCGUCACAUCUUUGUGCUUCAGGACUGGAGGCUGCGGCUGCUUAACGCUCCUCAGCAGCAGCAGCAGAUGUGCUGAGCGACACAUCUAAAUGUUGGCACAGCCAUGGUACUGAAAACCUACAUUCAUGAAGAGGCAACAGGAAGAAGAUUACUGAGGGAUUAAAGGCAAUGCACACGUGGGCACAUGCGAACACAAGAGGGAACGCUGCAGGAUUUAGCCUUCAUCUAAUGUUGAUCUGAAUGAAAUCGCCCGACUGACUGGGAGCCUCUCUGGUAUCAUGGAAGAAGAGGAGGAGCCAACAGAGACUCAUUAAAUUUAAACCUCAGGACCCCUCUCCUUUCCUCCUGCCUCACUGUGAGAAUUACAGACAAGAAACAAAAGAGCUCAGGAAGGGAGUGCAGAGUGUCUCGCUGGGGUCCCACGAUACCUCAACACGUAUAUUGGUCUUUUUAUUUUGCACCAAUGGAUAACCGUGCCAUGGUUUAUAUCACUUACUGACAUCCUGAAUAUCUGCAUGGGAAGAUACAGAGAAAUUCUGUAAAUAACUAAAAGCAGAGAAAAAACAUUCAGUGCCAGAAGUAAGGAUGCUGAAGACAGUAUGUUAUUUUUAACCUGUUUGCUGUGGAUGUCUUAAAAGUUUAAACAUGAUUCUACAGGAUGACAGACAAAACCAAAAAUUAGAUUUCUUUCAGUUCAUAGGUUACAUUUUGGCAAACACAUCCUAACGACAUCAUAAAUCUUACGAAACAUUUUGAAUCGUGUUUCUGGUUCGUGGUCAUGCGAGCAAAAAAAUGUUCUACUGAAUCUGUGAAAAAUAUGCCCCAAGCAAGUUUAAAUAAGGAAAAAAACAAUUGUGCACCAGAAUGGCAGGCGUUGUGGAAAUAACUUCUUUUCUCAGAAUAAUGACUACAGAUCAUAUAUUCAGAACAUGCCUUGUUUGAUGCUUUUCACCUAUUUUUGCCAACACGUCCAAAAACACUUGUGGUAAUUUGAGCUUUAAUGACAAGAAAGACAAAAAAUUAGCAGCAGCUUCCUAUUAGAAAAUCAGGUAAAAUGUAACAUAUUAAAGCUAGAUCCAUCACCCAAUACAGUUAGUCAAAAACCAGUCUGAGCUGCCAUGGCCAGCCAGAACACCCCUCACUUUUUCCACGGCUUUGAGCUCGGCGGUCACUUCGUCGACCCCCGACCUCUCGGUACGGGUGUCACCGGCCUGGUUCUGUCAGCUGUCGACCAGCGCACCGGACGGCGGGUGGCCAUCAAAAAGCUGGUGAUGCGGGAUGCGGUGACGAUGAAACACGCUCUGCGGGAGGUGAAGAUCACCCAGCGACUGCACCAUGAGAACGUGGUGCGGGUUCAUGAGGUCAUAGCUCCGUACGGACGACCCUUACCCAGAGACCCGUCUCAGCUCAGCGCCCUGUACAUCGUCCAGGAGUGCAUGGGGACCGACAUGGCUCGGCUGCUGGACCAAGGACCUUUACCCACAAGUCACGCCACCCUGCUGUUCUACCAGCUGCUGAGGGGACUAAAGUUCAUCCACUCGGCCAACGUCCUGCACCGAGACCUGAAGCCUGCCAACAUUUUCAUCAACACGGACCAACUCCUGCUCAAGAUCGGUGACUUUGGGCUCGCCAGGAUAGUUGACCCCCAUUACUCCCACAAGGGCUACCUGUCUGAAGGUUUGGUAACAAAGUGGUAUCGUUCCCCCCGUCUGCUCCUUUCCCCCAAUAAUUACACCAAGGCAAUAGACAUGUGGGCGGCUGGCUGCAUAUUAGCUGAGAUGCUGACCGGACGGAUGCUGUUUGCAGGAGCUCAUGAGCUGGAGCAGAUGCAGCUGAUUCUCGACACGGUGCCUGUGCUGAGAGAGGAGGACAGGCAGGAUCUGCUGCAGGUGAUGCCUUCAUAUGUCAGCAAUGGAUGGAAAGUCAAGAAACCGUUUUCUGAGCUACUGCCUGAGUUGGAUGCUUUGGCUGUGGACUUUCUGGAGCGCAUUUUGACCUUUAACCCCAUGGAUCGUCUGACAGCUGAAGAGGCCCUGUCCCACCCUUUCCUUCAGAAGUACUCCUGCCCCGAGGACGAGCCCACCUCGUCACAUCCCUUCCGCAUUGAGGACGAGUUGGACGGCCUCCUUCCAGAGCAGAGCCUGAGCAGCAGCAACAGUCAGACCUCCAGCUUUUGCUGGGAAAGGUAUGAUAACAGUUUAUCAACAAAUAUGUGCUGGCAACAUUCAUGGGGGAAGUGUCGCUGCAUACCCCCGGGUCAAAAUCUGUCCGACCUGGGAGACAACACAGAUAAUGAAGAAGUGCAGCGGGACCCCCGGGCCAAUUCCAGCUCACUGGCAGAAGAAGCUCAGGUUGACCCCCGGAAAUAUUCCCACAGCAGCUCAGCUGAGCGCUUCCUGGAGAACUCCCACUCCUCUCUGGAACGGGUGUGUGGUUUGGRGUACGGGGAGCUCGACUGUGGCCMCUCCUGCGAUUACAAAGUUGGCUCUCCUUCAUAUCUGGAUAAAAUCGCCUGGAGGGAAGGAAAGCCUCAACACUACUCCGAGCCCAAGCUGAUUUUGGAUCUGUCUCACUGGAAGCAAAACAGUAGCAGCCUCCCUGUGCGUGUAGAGCCCAUCGGUGGCAGCGUGGAGGACCUGGGGGAGAUGAAGGAGGAGGGCGCAGAAGAGGAAGAAAAGGAGGAAACGGGGGAUUUGUUCCAGGAAAUCUCUCGCUGGGUGGAGACCACUCAGUCUGGUCUGCACUUGGCCAGUCCCAGCCCUUCAGUGGAGCAAUCCUCACCCUCCUGCUACACCUCCUCACCCCCUCUCCCACUCUCGCCCACUGACCACCCYACUCUGGUCUUUCACCUCAAGGAAGUUUUGCGGCAGCCGUCGGCUGAAUACGAACAGGGCAGACUGAGCUCCCUUCCUCCUURCACAUCUUCCACUCACACCCUUCCCUCCUUGUUCCCUUCAUCUCCCACAGCUCCUUUUUCUCCUCAAACAGCGUCACCCCCAUCCACGCCACUCGUGGGAUUCCAAGAAUCUCAACCCCUUUCCUCUACCUCCUCCUCAGUCAACACAGACUCCACGGAGUCUUUGCCAGGAAAGCAAAAAGAGCGCUUGUUUGAUCUGGAUGUGUUUAUAUCCCGAGCGCUGAAACUGUGCCGGCAGAAUAAGGAGAAGGUACACGGGAAAAAAGAGAAAGAUGGGAUGUGGGCGGAAGAAAGCAAAACGCCCAACAUUAAGGUACCCGGACUUCCAGAGCACAGGACUCCACCAACUUCACCGACCCCCAACUCYUAAUGUUUUAUCUCAGCUACAGGUCCAGCCCAUGCUAACAUUCUGGUAGCACUUCCAACAGCUUACUGAUGGAUCUCUGCUUAAACAUUUGACAGUAGCAGCUUUUCUCUCUAAAUGCAAAAACACGCCAUAAGCUGCGAGAAACCURCAUCUAAACAAGCAAUUAUGAAGCUUUGCUGUAAGAUGAUCUCAGCUAUUUAAAGGCCAAAAAAAAAAAAACCUAAAUGUCCCUGCUUCACUACAGUAAAUUGAAUCUACCGGAAUGAAUCAAGGAAUCGAUUAGACUAGACUUACCGUGUUACACAAUCACCCGAGGUCACRGCUGACCACAGUUUGAAAAAUGCACCCUAAAGUUGGCUUUUCCUGUACAAGAUUCCUUAACAUAAUCUAAAUGUCUGACCGUCUUCCAGUGGUGACAAAAACACUUUUUGUAACACUUUUUUUUCUCCAAGCCGUUUUGAAUGUAUUAACUGAAAAUUAAUCAAACUGGUAAAAAUCCAAGAUUUCGUAUUUGUUGCUGCUUUAACACUWCCACAUUGACAAACUAAAUUUAAUGAGUUUCGAUUUGUAAAGAAAUUUUUUCUUCGAUUUAAUUUUCUAAUAUAUAUCAGUGUAGUUGUGUUUUUCUUGUGGCUGAAUACCAGAACAUGUUUUUUUUUUUUUUUUGUAUAAUUAACUUGUAAUUGUUUGAAUGCUCUGUGGUGGUAAUUUAUUCAUAUUAUUAUGCCAGCUUGGCUCUGUUUUUGAUCAGUAGUUUUGAUUAUUAUUAUUAUUUUUUACUUUUUUGCUUUCUAUGAUAAACAAUGCUGAAUAUGAAAAAUUGCACAYUUUUCUAGACAUCAACUCACUUCUUUGACUGGACUUUUGCUCACCUKAAUGUGUUACAGAAGCUUUAUGACCAAUAACAGCAGUUUUGCUUAGAAGAAAGUUGGUUCUUAUUAACAAAUUUUGCACAAGUAUAAUUAUACUAAACGGUUCUUAGUGAUGCUAUGUAUUUCACACUGAAGAGGUAACAGAUUUUUUUGGAGUGGAAAAGGUUAUGAACAAAUAGUAUGUUACCUGUUGUAGAUAGUUGUUUGAACAACCUUGGUUUGGAGAAAUAAUAUUUAAUAUUGACCAGAUUGAUGAGCUAAAAACUCCACUUAGAUUUUUGCUUUGCUUGUUUGUUUGGACUAGCCAUUAGCUUGUUAGUCUAGUCAGAAUUUAAUUUAWUUUCUUCAAACACAUCAUUCAAGGAGCUACCUACAACAGGUGCGAUUUUAAGUGUUCAUAKCCUUUUCACAAAUCUCCACUUGGAAAUAUGUUUAAAUAAAGUUUUUAAAUGCUAGUUUUUCUCAGAAUGCUACAGUGGUAGUUGCUUGUAUCGUUUUGGUUUUCAGAAUCUCUCAACCAACUACAUUUAGUGAAAUUAUCUARUUGUAGUUUAAGCUCUUAACAGUUGACAAAUGUAAUUUUUUGCCAUACAGCAGUCUUUCAAACAUGUGCAUCUGAUAUCUGUUUUAGUUGUGGAACUUUAACGCUUAUAGUGAGCUAAUAAAACAAUAAAUGACACUGCCAGUAAAACUUUAAAAUAACAAUAUAGACCGUUUUACAGUCUGCAGUUAAAAACACUUUAAAACUAUAAAUGACAUAAAAUUUUCACAGUUUUAUGCGCACUGUAGCCUCCAGCUUUUUGAGUUCAAAGCAUACAAAUAAAAAUUCCUAAUGAUACAACGCAAUGAAACAGCAACUUCAAGUGUUAAUUUUCACACUGAAGCACAUGUAAUACCAGAAGCACAUUCAUAACUAGGAUUUCUUCACUUCAACUGGAAGGUGGAAAAUUUUUUUUUUGCCAAGAGUGUACCUCUUUGGAACCUGGAUUGAUUGCAGUAAAAAAAAAAAAA